CUAUAAACUACUUAGCAGUGGAAGCAAAACCUCCUUGAACUGAUAAGAAUUUUAUCUUAAUCAAUAGCUAGUCUUACAGGAGAGGACAGCAUUAUAAAUGAAAUUUCGUUCAGAAUUUAACUCAAGGAUAUAUGAGCCUUGGAGAGAAUCUUAUUUACAAUAUGAUCAUCUCAACGCAGUACUUAAUGCAUACGAACCAGGUACACAAUCUCAGCAACAAUACCUGCAUUUUGCUAAUACGAUAGAAACAGAACUUAAAAAAGUUUACACAUUUGUCAACAUUCGAUUAAAUACACUCACCAGCCGUAUCGAUCAUUUUCAUGAGGUCUUGCUUGCCUAUAAACACGAUACAGCUACGCCAACUGACGCCUAUGAUUCUGUUGCUGACAGUCUAGCAGAAAUUCUUAUCGACGUGGAUGAUUUAGCAAAAUUCCAUCAGCUCAAUUUAUCAGGUUUCGAAAAACUCGUUGAAAAGCAUGAUAAAGCGACAUUGGGAAACUUUAUCCUAAAGCCAUAUUAUUUUGAAAAGCUUCUUGCCCGCCAUCCUCUAGAUAAGCAACGACUCGAUGUUCUAAUUGUCAGAAUUUCUAAUCUACAUGACAUAUGCCGAUUAUAUGGUAAUACACGAGCUGCUAGUGCUUACAGUCAAGGUGGGGAUCAGACAGCCUUUGAAAGAGCCACUCACAAAUAUUGGGUUCAUCCUGAUCAUGUCACAGAAGUUAAGGCCAUUAUUUUACUUCACUUACCGGUCCAUGUAUAUGACCAGAAGAAAAAGUACGAAUCCUCUGAUGCGGCAGUCUCUAGUGUGUAUUUUGACAAUGAGAAUUUUGAUUUGUACAACGAGCGAUUGGACAGAAGUGAUGGAGCAGAAGCUAUACGCCUCCGUUGGUAUGGUCGAAGUGACGAACAUAAUGAUAAUAUUUAUGUUGAACGCAAAACCCACCAUGCACCAUGGCUCGAUGGCAAAUCAGUAAAAGAUCGUUUUAGACUGAAAGAAAAGCAGAUAAAUGCAUUCAUUAACGGUUCAUACACUGCAACACAAUUCAAGCAAGACUUGGAGGCUAAAGGGAAACUGAAAAACGAGACGAUAGAAGAAAACUUCUUCGUAGCGAAUGGGAUACAAAAUUCGUUAGCAGUAAAAAAACUGAAGCCCAUGUGCCGUGUAUUUUACAAUCGCACUGCAUUCCAAAUUCCUGGCGAUCAACGCUUGAGAAUUAGCUUGGACUCAAACCUGACAUUUAUUCGUGAAGAUCAUUUAGAUAACAUUUACAGGAGACAAAUGGCAAAUGGGACCUUUGAUUGGAGAAGGCCUGACGUUGGUAUAGAUCAUCCCUUCCGUUCAGUCAAGGAUUCCGACAUUCUUAGGUUCCCUUACGCCAUUUUGGAAACAAAGAUACAAAGUCAUUUAGGUCAAACUGCACCUGUAUGGUUGACGGCAUUGCUAGACAGUCAUUUAAUUCAUGAAGUUCCUCGGUUUUCAAAGUAUAUUCAUGGUGCCAGUUGCUUGUUCGACGAAAAAGUGCCUCAAUUUCCUUACUGGCUGGACGAAUUAAGAAAGGAUAUUAGAAAACCUAUUAUUCCAAAUGUGGGUCUUUCUAGGUCUAAGAGUCUGCGACCUCUUUUCAACGGACGUCAUCGGAGAUCGCUUGCAUUUUCUGAUAAGCUGGAUGAAAACAGCAGGUUCUCACAAAAAGCUGAAGACGCCUUCAAUUCCUUUCAAGGAAACCCAGUACUUCCAGUCAAUCUCAGAGACCCGCAUGAACGAAAUAGGCAUCAACAAGAAUUUCAGAAUACGACAGCAGAACAUUCUCAUUUCUAUACUCAACUAUUGAAUGAUAUCAAAACUAAGAAUGCAAAGGCGCUAUUCGAACAUUUACGAAGUAUAGUUACAUACAAGAGCACUAAAACGUCCGGCACAAUAGCUCCUCCUCCAAGAAAGGGAAUGUCUGCGCUUCUCAGGAAAAUUGAUCCCAAAGCAUUCUUCGCUAACGAGCGUACAUUUCUUUCUUGGUUACAAUUCUGUGCUCUUCUACUAACUGUGUCGUUAAAGUUACUCAAUGAAGGCGAUCAUAUAUCAAGAGUUAUAGGUGCCUCGUUUAUCAUCUUUUCGUCCGCCAUUUCGUUUUAUGCAUUGUUUCGAUUUCAGAUGCGUGCAUAUCAGAUGAAAACAGGACGUACAAUUAUGGACAUGGAAGAUCUCUACGGGCCUGCUGUAUUGUGUGCUUUGUUGAUUGCAGCCUUGGCUAUCAAUUUCUACCUUCGCGCUCCAUUGAUAUUUCCUUCUUCAUCAGCCAGUGAUGCUGUGGUCAGUUCAGAAGCGGUCACAACAGAGUAAACUCAUAGGCAAUUCAUGGAUUAUUGUACAAAGAAAAGCGCGGUUUUU